GUAUACUGUGCGUGCGCGCUCACACCUUCGGUUCACAGUGCGGUUGUAGACGAACGAGAGGUCGAAGUAGAUGUGAAAACGUUCGAGGAUUCGUGUGCAAUUUCAUACAAGGGCGUCGGAAGAUGGGAUGUGCGUCGAAUAUUAGUGAAUAAACGCAAGCCACAACUGAUCCAGCUUGAUAUAAAUACUUUGAAUUGUUUCCUUUUUUUGUUCUUAAUAAAACAGUGGUUGCGCAGUUUUGGAAGUGUUUUUAGGGGUGGCAGUGAAUAGGAAAUAUCGCAAUAAGUAUGUCGGCAGUUGAUAACGGCCCGACAGUGGCUGAAGACGUGACAGCGACUACAGAGCGGUCCGGUGUGCAAGGUGGCGUUGGUGGUGAAGGAAACCAGUUGAAGCCAGAAGAGAAAGCAGCCACAGCCGCAGGGACACCCAGUACAACCCCUGUGUCUGGCGCAAGUACACCCAGUACCCCAGCCACACCCCCCGGCAAAUCAGCUCCAAGUUUCAAAGCCCAGUUCAAAGCUUUCUCAAAGUUUGGGGACACUAAGUCCGACGGACGACAUGUCACCCUCUCUCAGAGCGACAAGUGGAUGAAACAGGCGAAAGUUAUUGAUGGCAAGAAGAUCACGACCACGGAUACUGGCAUCUACUUCAAGAAACUCAAACAACAGAAGUUGGGUGUUGAUGACUACAACAAGUUCCUCGAGGAUCUGGCUAAGAACAAGAAAGUCGACGUGGAGGAAAUUAAAUCCAAAAUGGCUUCUUGUGGAACUCCAGGCCUUACAGGAGUCUCGGGUGGAGGCAAGUCUUCUGCUAUUGAACGCCUUACAGACACUACUCGAUAUACUGGCGCUCAUAAGCAGCGUUUUGAUGAGAGUGGUAAGGGCAGAGGAAUGGCUGGGCGCAAGGACAUGGCCGACAGCUCAGGAUACGUGCAGGGUUACCAAAAUAAGGAUUCCUACAGCAAGACUCAUUAGCGAUUGUGGGACAAUGUUCUCUUUCGUGUUUGAUCUCUCCGUGUGUUUCCUUUCAAUGUGACUUAAUACGCCUUUCACAGACUUGAAUGUUGUGUUUUGUAAUAUAUUAUUAUGUGGGCCUAUUUAUAUUUAAAAUUGUGGCUGUUGAUGCGUUUAUUUUUUUCCGAAAUCUUCAUAAAAUCUAUAUGUUUGCAUUAUACGUGGUACAUAAGCAUGGCACAGUAAUGUUAUUGAUAGUUCAAAAAGGCAGCGACAGAAAAAGAACCAAAUAAGGUACCUACAACUUAAAUGCAGCAUUGAUACAAAUCGAAUAUUAUCACAUGAAAUAGAAAUAAAAGAUGAAUAUGGCAUUCAGUGAUCCCUCUAAGCUCUGCGCGUGCGCGGCCGCUACUCCCGCUCACGAGCCUCAGUCUCCUGCGUACUUUUAUUGGUUUACUGAAUAGUCAAUUUGAAUUUUAAGAAUUAAGCUUUCAAAGUAAAGUACAAUUUUGGGUUAUUUUUGGGAGCAUAUUAAUUUAAUGUCUCAUGUUGACAUUUUUCGAAAAUCUUUGUCCCCCCCCCCUCGGGUUGUCCAGGCCAAACCAAUUGCUGCUCAGAAGACAUCGGGUAGCGCAGGCGCAUCCUCACCCUAGAGGAAACGUUGGUUAUAUUCGUUCAGUAUUGCCUUUAACUAGAACUUGGAAACAAAAUCCAAUUUCACAUUUGAUUAUUUUGUAAUUAACUUCAAACAACUGUUUCGAGCUUGCGUCACUGCCGCUUCUCUUUUUACGUUAAAUGUAUAGAGCAAUGUUGAAUAUUACAUAAUACUUACCACUUUGUGUAAUGAUAAGUGUAACACUAUGUUGAAGCUUUAUUAUAGAGACAUGUGAACACUUUGCUAUCUUGUGAUUGGUACAAAUCAAAGAAAAAAACUAAUAUAUGUACAGAAAUAAAUAUUUCAGCAAAUACACAUUUACUUCAGUGUUUAA